UGGCUGCAGCUAGGCCAUGCCCCAAUCAGGCCACAGCUGGCCUGUAUAAAGAGGCUGGGAGCCAGGAGCUCAGCAGUCUUCCUUUGCCUGUACAGGGAGAAGGUUCUGGUUGAAGUUACCUGAGUGGAACAGGGCUAGGGAAAAGCAGAGGAGCUGGGGAGCUCCAUCCUGGAAAGCCCCAGGCUGCGGCCUAGCAGAAGACCAACAGCUUUUGGCAAGGAGAAAAAUAGCAGAGAUGGGAAAACAAAGCCAAUAAAACAAAUCUAAUGGAUACCAACUACUCUGUGAACAAUCUCAGUUUCAGCUCACUUUCCAUCAACUGCUGAGGUAGCAGUCAAUACAAGUUCAAGAACUGAAGCUUGGAACUUUGCUGCUGAUGUUGUCUGUCAUCACUACUGGGAUCCACGCUUCGGUGACUCAGAACCCAGAAUUAAAGCUUGGAACAUUCAUUCAUAAUAUGAAGAUGCUGCUGACUUUGUUCCUCUUCCUUAUUGGGAGUCAAACUUCAGUAACUCAGACACCUGCCCCUACAUCUGCAGAUAUUGUCCUUUUGGUUGACAGCUCUAAUAGCCUGGGAAAUAAGGCAUUCCCCUCUAUGAAGUCUUUUAUUACCAAAAUGAUCAAUAUUUUAACAGUGACUCCUAACCAAUACCGUAUCGCACUUGCCCAGUACAGUGACGAUUUGCACGUUGAAUUUCAGCUGGACACCUAUAAAGCAAAGAACCCAAUGCUGAACCAUGUCAAAAAGAACGUUGUAUUCAAGGGUGGUUCAGUAAAAACUGGCAAUGCCCUUCGAAAAGUUCACGAAACCUAUUUCAAAGGACCAACUAGUGGAAGAGACAAAGAACGAAUUUUGGUAGUCUUGACUUCAGGGGAAUCAAAGGAUGCCGUAGGAGAGCCUGCCAGGAUCUUGAAACGUGAUGGGGUAAAAAUCAUAGCUCUGGGGAUUCAGGAUGUUUCUCCUCAAGAACUGCAGUCAAUGGCUACACCUCAAUUUUCAUAUAUAUUUCGCACAGUGAGGGAUCUCAGUAUGUCUUCUCAAAACAUGACCAAGAUCAUUGAGGAUGUUAUUCAAACAGAUAUUAAUGACAUAAUACCAACAGUUAAAACUACAAGUGUUCCUGAGAUAGAAGUUUGUAAGAGUGAUUCCGUUGCUGAUGUUGUGUUCAUAGUAGAUGAGGGUGUUUCAAAACCAAAAUCUGAAGAUAUUAAAAAUUUCCUGCAAGAUACAGUCUCCUUUCUUGAUGUGAAGAAGAAUUGUACAAAGAUUGGCCUAGUGACAUAUAGCAGUGAGCCACAUGUGUUAGCUUUACUGAGUGAAGAAACAAACAAAACUGCUAUUCUGCAGAAAAUACAGGGCUUUUCUCCGAGGGAAGGGAAGGCCAACACUGGUGCUGCCAUUAAGGCUACAAGGAAAAACAUCUUCAGUGUAAAAUAUGGAAGCAGAAAGGCCCAAGGGAUAGAGCAAAUAGCAAUUCUCAUCACCCACAGACCCUCUGAAGACAAUGUAAGUGAGGCAGCUAGUGAUCUUCGGAGAGCUGGCGUGUCUGUAUUCACCAUAGGCAUUGAAAAUGCUAACCACGCCCAGUUAACCCAGAUAGCAUCAUAUCCUCCACACCUAUAUGUUUCUAAGCUGACAGAAUUUUCUGAGCUGCCAGAACAAGCCAGAACUUUACAAAAGAAACUCUUGAAUCAAAUUCAGGACAAGCAGUAUGUCCAGUCUGAAAGAAGAGAACUACUUAAAACAGGAUGUGUGGACACAGAGGAAGCUGAUAUUUAUGUGCUCAUUGAUGGCUCAACAAGCAUUCAUCCUGUUGACUUCGGAGACAUCAAAAAAUUUUUGAAGGAAGUGAUUAAGAUGUUUAACAUAGGGCUGAAUAAAGUUCGCUUUGGAGCUGUGCAGUUCUCACAUAACAGAAGACUGGAGUUUAAACUUAAUGAAUACAGCAAAAGAAAUGAUUUAGAGAUGGCCAUUGACAACAUUAGGCAAAUAUAUGGGAAUACCCAUAUUGGAGAAGCUUUGACUUUCAUGCAGCCACUGCUUACAGAGGCAAGGAAGCCUUGUCACCUCAUUGUCCUAACAGAUGGGGAGUCACAUGACAGUGUGAAGGAGCCUGCUGAGGGACUGAGGAGUGAGAUGGUCAAUAUUUAUGCCAUUGGUGUAAAAGAUGCAAAUGAAGCACAGCUUCUUGAGAUUGCAGGGUCAAAGAGCAGGACUUUCUUUGUGCAAGAGUUUGACUCCUUGAAAAACAUAAAAAAUGAAAUUGUUCAAGGGAUCUGUUCUGGAGAAGCCUGCAAAGAAAUGACAGCUGACAUCAUGUUUCUAGUGGACAGUUCUGGAAGCAUAGGACCAGAGAACUUUUCAAAAAUGAAAAACUUUAUGAGAGAACUGGUCAACAAAUCUGACAUCAGCGCAGACCGAGUGCAGGUUGGGGUCGUCCAGUUCAGUGGCACAAACAAGGAAGAAUUCCAGCUUGACCGAUAUUCUUCAAAAAGUGACAUUUUCAGUGCUAUUGAUAGAAUGUCUCUUAUAGGGGAAAAUACACUAACAGGAAGCGCAUUGUCAUUUGUGUCUGAUUAUUUCAAGCCUCCCAAAGGCGCACGUCCAGCUGUCAAAAAAUUUCUUAUCCUGAUUACAGAUGGGGAAGCGCAGGAUGAAGUAAAAAGUCCAGCAAGAGCCCUACGUGAUCAAGGUGUUAUUAUCUACUCUGUUGGGGUGUUUAAUGCAAAUAAACCUCAGCUGGAAGAGAUUAGUGGGAAGCCUGAGCUGGUAUUUUACGUCGAGGAGUUUAAUAUUCUGAAGCACAUAGAAGAUGAGAUCAUCUUUGGAAUAUGCAGGCCUCAUGAAGAAUGCAAAAGGAUAGAAAGAUUAGAUGUUGUGUUUGUGAUAGAUGGAUCUGGGAGCAUAAGUACUGUACAAUACCAGACCAUGAAAGACUUCAUGAUUGCCUUGGUGAAAAAAUCUGAUGUCGCUCCAGAUAGAGUUCAGUUUGGAGCUGUAAAAUAUUCUGAUGAACCAGAAACAUUUUUCUACCUUAAUACGUACACAACAAAAUCCAAGAUUGUUGAGGCUAUCCAGAAUGAUGCAACUUUAGGAGGUUCAACGUAUACAGCCAAGGCGAUUGGCUAUUCGGAAGCUCUGUUUGCUCAGGAGCAUGGCGGCCGCAAAAGCAAGGGAGUUCCACAGAUUCUUAUAGUGAUAACAGACGGUGAGUCCCAUGAUGCAGCACAGCUCGGUGACACAGCCAAGAGAUUAAGAGACAAUGGAAUUAUUAUCUAUGCUGUUGGGAUAGAAGGAGCAAAACCUGAUGAGCUUUUGGCCAUGGCUGGAUCAGAAGACAAAUAUUACUAUGUGGAUACUUUUGAAGGACUCACAAACACAUCUAUAGCAAUAUCAGAAAAAAUAUGUGAUGAUUCAAAACCAGAGUGUGAAAUUCAAGCGGACCUUGUUUUCUUGAUUGAUGGUUCCAAUAGUAUAGACCAAACUAACUUCACCAGGAUGAAGGAUUUCUUGAAAGAUCUAAUAGAUCAGAUUGAUUAUGAUCAAAAUGUUCAAAUUGGCAUUGCCCAGUACAGUGACAGGUAUCAAACAGAAUUCAGCCUGGGUGUUUUCCAGAGCAAAUCAGAACUGAACAUUCAAAUUCAGAAAAUUAAACAGAUGACAGGAACUAGAACUUUAAUUGGAAAUGCACUUAAGAAGGUGAAGGAAUUCUUUGCACCAGCACGCACAAGAAGAGUAACAAGAAACGUCCAACCAGUUUUGCUGGUAGUCACUGAUGGGGUGUCGCAUGAUGAUGUUGCUGCACCAGCAGAAGAUCUGAGAAAGGAAGGUGUUCAUACAUAUGCUAUAGGAGUUGGGGAAAUUGAUCCCUCGCAGCUCAUGCAAAUAGCUGGCAUCCCGGAAAGGAAGUACACUGUUAAUGAUUUCAAAGAGCUGAAGAUUAUUAAAAAAAGACUAGCUGGUGACCUAUGUAAACCUGAUAUUCCUACAACUUGUUUUGUGGAUAUUGUUAUGGGAUUUGACAUCUCUUCACAAAAGAGUGGCGAACGUUUAUUCCAGGGACAGUACCAGCUGGAAACAUAUCUUCCUGGCAUUCUAAAAGCCCUCACAUCCCUAAGCAGUCUGAGUUGCAGUGUAGGGGCAAAGACACAGAGCAGUGUGGCAGUGUACCUGAACAACACAAUUACACCCUGGUCUUCAAAGUUCCAAUUUGACAGUGAGAAAAUAUGGAAAAACCUGAGCGAGAGGCUGAUUGAUAAACCAUCUCAUCUCAAUGGCAACUUCCUGGAGUCACUCUGGAAAAUAUUUCCAAGCAAAGCUGAUGAUCAAAAUCGAAGGAAGGUUUUACUUGUAUUUUCAGAUGGUUUGGAUGAAGAUGUAGAAGAACUAGAACAAAAGUCAGAAGAAUUCAGAAAAAAAGGAUUGGAUGCACUGAUAACUGUUGCUCUGGAAGGAGCCUCUAAAAUUGAUGAGCUUCAGUACAUUGAGUUUGGAAAGGGAUUUGAAUACAUGACUCGGUUAACUAUUGGCAUGAGAAAUAUUGCCAAAGCACUGUCCAAGUAUGUGACUAACGUUGCUGAAAGGACGUGCUGCGCUGUUUUUUGCAAGUGCAUUGGGGAGGAAGGUGGAAUUGGACGCCGAGGGAAAAAAGGAAAUGAAGGACCUAAAGGUAUAAACGGCAGUCGAGGACACUUAGGAGAAGAGGGAGAGCCGGGUUCAAGAGGACAGCCUGGACCAAUGGGAGAGCAAGGGAAUAAGGGAUGUGAUGGUAGUAAAGGUCCUAAAGGAUACCAAGGAAUGCGUGGUGAAAAGGGAGACGAUGGGGACAACGGGAUUGAUGGAAUUAAUGGAGAGCAGGGAUCACUUGGGUAUCCAGGAAAGAUGGGAGAAAAGGGUGACCCAGGCUACAUGGGCAGUCCAGGGCCAAGAGGACUCCCUGGUGAGCGUGGUGAGAAGGGCUUACGAGGAGAUCGUGGUGACCCUGGAUUGGACAAUGACAUAGCAGGGUCCAAAGGUUCAAAAGGAGAACAGGGAAGCCAGGGUGAAAGAGGACCAAUGGGCUUACCAGGGUCACCAGGCUCUUCGAGAACCACAGGAGAAAAAGGUCGCCGAGGAACACCAGGUCGACAGGGGGAGGAAGGCGCGCCUGGUUCAAAGGGCUUUCCAGGAGAACCAGGAUUUCCAGGAUCCCAGGGACAAAGAGGGAUUGGAGGUGUGAAAGGAGAGAGAGGAAGUGAAGGAAGUAAAGGUCUUCAGGGUGAACUGGGAACUGCGGGUCCAAAAGGGAGUCCUGGCAGUCCUGGGAUGAGAGGAAAUAAAGGAGAAUAUGGUGAUCCUGGAGAGACAGGACAGAGAGGGCCACCAGGUCAACGGGGAAUGCAGGGAGACGAUGGUGCUGCUGGAUAUGGUGGACCAGGAAAGAAAGGAGCAAAGGGACAAGGAGGAUUCACCGGAGAUAUUGGACGGAAGGGUGAAAUUGGAGACCCAGGAGCUUCAGGAGAACCUGGACCAAAAGGAAUCAGAGGGAAAAUGGGUACUGCAGGUCCUUUUGGUCCGAAGGGAUUUCCAGGAGACAAGGGAUUACCAGGACACAGGGGCGCUAAAGGAACAAUGGGACUGCACCCUUUUACCCCAUGUGAAGUCAUUGACUAUGUGCGCAGGCACAGCCCUUGUUGGCAGGAAAAACCGGAAUGCCCAGUAUAUCCAACGGAGCUAGUGUUUGCUUUGGACAUAUCCCAGGAUGUCACAUCCCAGUUAUUUGAAAGAAUGAGAGAGAUUGUAAUAUCAGUAGUGAAUGCCACCAAAAUUAAAGACAGCAACUGCCCAGUGGGAGCUAGAGUUGCUGUUGUGUCCUACAAUUCCAACACUCAUUAUCUGACCCGCUUCUCCGAGUUCUACGGCAAGAAUCAGCUCCUCAACAAACUUAAGAAUCUGGCUUAUGAGAGAUCCUCAAGUGAACGAGAUAUUGCCAGAGCGAUGAGAUUCGUUGCCAGGAAUGUUUUCAAGCGAACUCGCCAAGGUCCUAAUGUGAGAAAAGUAGCAGUGUUUUUCAGCAAUGGGCCAUCAUCAGAUGAAUUUUCUAUUAACACAGCAGUUCUGGAGUACACUGCAUUUGAUAUUGUUCCAGUAGUUAUCGCUUUUAAUGAUGUUCCCCUCCUCGGUCGUGCUUUCGCGAUGGAUGAUACUGGAUUCUUCCAGAUAAUAAAUAUUAAUCAAGAGGAUGACUAUGAGCCAUACUUGGAAACAUUUCGGCGCUGCACUCUUUGUUAUGACAAAUGUAAACCAGAUGAGUUUUGUGAACGCCGCAGAUACCGAUCACCACCAGCAUAUGUGGAUGCUGCUUUCCUUUUGGAUAGCUCACAGAAAAGCAGUGGCGCCGAAUUUCAGAACGUGAAAAACUUCUUGAGCAGAGUACUUGAUAACUUUGACAUUUCCUCUGAGCCACAGACUUCUUCCACAGGUGAUAGGGUGGCUGUGGUGAGCCAUGCUCCACCAGGUUUCAAACUCCGCCCAGGGAGGAGCCCUGUAAAGAAAGAAUUUGACUUUGUCACCUACAGCAGUAGCCAGUUAAUGAAAGGACAUAUCCAAGGAUCUGUUCGACAGCUGAAUGGAGCAGCUGCUCUUGGCCAUGCCAUACAGUGGACAAUUGAUAAUGUUUUCUUGACUGCACCCCACUCCAGACAACACAAGGCUAUCUUUGUUAUAUCUGCUGGAGAAACAAGUCAUUGGGACAAAGACAUAUUAAAGAAGGCAUCUCUGAGAGCCAAGUGCCAAGGAUAUGCUCUGUUUGUAAUUUCAUUAGGACAUGUAUAUAACAACACAGAAUUGGAAGACCUGGCUAGUAUUCCCUUGGAACAUCAUUUGAUUCAACUGGGCAGAGUUCACAAGCCUGAACUUGAAUAUGUAGUGAGGUUUAUAAAACCAUUUGUGCAUCUCCUCAGGCGUGCAAGCAACAAAUAUCCACCAGUAGAGCUCAGGAGAAUUUGUACCAGAGCUCGCUCUCCGAAACCAGAAUAUGUACGAAGGGGCCAACCACAUGUUUCUAUCAUAGAUGAGGAUUGGUCAGGAGCUGAUGCCAUAGCUGAUGCUGAAUACGCUGUUUCUGGGCAGGCAACACUAAUGUUCCAGGAUGAUGUAAGCGAUGGUCCUCUAAACACCAACGGUUUUGCCAGCAGUACACAUCAAUCCUUGGUAACUACAGACAUAAUGGAGACUGCUGCCAAAACACACGGAAGGGAAGAUAACGGUCCGCUCCUGUAUAGUACUGAAUGUGCUCAACUCCCAUUCACUUCAGUGGGAGAUGAUGGCACUUGGAAAUUAACAGUCAGGCCCCUGAGGAACUGUCUAGUCUCCAGGUCAGUUGUGCUUUGUUGGAGUUGGUUGGUAACAAUUGAGGCAUGAAUGUGUGUAACACUCUCCUCUUUCAAUGAGUAAACUGCAGUGCAAACUCUUUUCAGUGAAACUUUACUUUCCAUUCUCCUACAGGUGUAAGUUGCAUUGUGUAAAGAUAGGAAGAAGGCUUAUUAGUCACUGCUGUGCUUUUCCAGAUAGAGUAACUAUGCAAUUGGUGACUAAAUUACUUCCUUUAGACCAAGGAGAACUCUAAAAGAACAGUGUAUCUUUAACACGGAGCAUCUAGUCUGCCUUAAAACGUAACAAAACACCAAGGUCAUAAGCAUAGGGCUUGUGUGUGUUUUAAAAAAAAAAACAAAAAACACACUUUCCAAUGUAAGUUUUUUCCAUCAGAAAAUGUUGAGUCCAUGGAAUUGAAGCAUUCUACAGGAAUGUCUCUAUUCCAUCAUAAGUUUUGAUGGAAACCAAGCAGAUUGACUCCUGACACUCUGGCCAGUGUGCCAGUCUAGAAGUUUUCAAAAAGUCUUCCACAGAAAAAAUUGUAUUUCCAACUGCUUGUUCUGAUUUGGAACAACAAAAAAUUCAGAAUUGCAGGUUUCAUGGGACAGAACUUGUACAAAUCUACUUGUCUUCAUCGCUACAUGGACCCUAUUCAAUUUUAAAGUCUCACUAUUAAAAAGUGGCUAAAUGAAAUUUAGUUUCAUAUGCCACAAUAUACCAAGUUUCAGACUGAUGUGAUGUCUAAUAGUUACCAAAAAUAUUGCAACAUCCAGUUUGUUGUACCUUUACAUGUCUGUGUACUAACACUGAAAUGAAACUUUGUAAAAAUAGACAGCAUACAUCUUCAGUAGCUCAUUUCAUUUUAACUGGUACGUUAAGUACUUUGAUAGGCUCACUACCUGCUCAAUCUCUCCUUCCCAUAUUACUGUAGAGUUGUUAGUUACUCUUGGAGUAAACUCUUGAACCUAGAAUUAUGUUGUGCCAAUUGGGGAAAAGAGAGAUUGGUUAAAUGUGUUUUUUUCUGUGUAUCUUUAUUCCAAAAAGGAAAAAUUAAACACAAUUACUACUGAAGUCUGAGGAUAUAAACCACUGGCUUUAGUGGGAUCAGGCUUUGAAUAUCAGUGCACUCCAAGGAACCAAAGUUCCAUUUCUCAAACUCUUAUGACCAGGCAUAGGUGACUCUUCACAGUAGUAAGCAUGCCUGAUAGUCAUUGUUCAAAGCUUCAGACCCCAAAUUCUUACAAAUAAAAAUGUUCACAAUUUAGACCAGUUUUUUGGUCUAGAGAGUAGUAUAAGAACAUUUUAUUUUUCUGAAUUUUAAGACACCUGCGAAUUACAUUUUUUUUUGGUAGGAAAAAGUUACUGCUGCGUGAGUGAGUGCACAAACAACAGUACCUUGAUAUUAGGAAUUGAAAAGAGAUUUGCUGAAACUGUCAAUGUUGUCUGGCAACACAAAUCGGUUGAGGAUCUGAAUUUUGGCUUACCACUAUAUCCCUCUGACUAGCACUGUUGAAGUCAACAAAACUUCUCAUAAAAGUAUGAAACACAAUUUGUAGCUACAGUACACAAUACUAUGCAUUAUUUCUGAGAGCCACAUGCACAUAUUGCAUUGUACACAGGGUUCAGAUCUGCUUAGUGGUUUCACCCUUCUAGUUUUGAAGUUGCCAUGCGUGCCUGUUUUUUUUUUUUGUUUGUUUUUUAAAUGCAUCUGUAACCUCUAAUUGGUGAAAGACAUUUAAAAACUGUAUGGGGACAGUUGUAAAAUGUACAUUCUGUCACACUGCUGGCAUCAUACUGAGCUUUUUAAUGCAGAUUAUGCAACACGUCAUGGUACCAAUUAAACUAUCUACCUGAAACUUCA